AUGACAGUGACCUCGCAGCCUCUUGACAACGAACCAAGACAUGAGAAGUACUACCUGGAUCCCAUCAUCUUCAAAGCAUGCUGCGUCGAAGACCAACUAUUCAAGGUUCCGCGAUACCACUUCGAGCGCAACUCCGAGAUCUUCCAAGACACCUUCUCACUCCCAGUUCCCGGGAAUGAUGACGCAGAAGGCAGCUCGGACGAGCACCCCUUCGUGCUGGAGGGCAUCGAGAAAGUGGAUUUCGCUUGUUUACUGAAUGUUCUGUAUCCCCUGGAUAUCCCCCAGAUCUUGACUUCCACGACGACGGACGAGUGGAUCUCGGUGCUCAAGCUAUCGACGCUCUGGCGCUUCCUCGAUGCGCGUGAUCUCGCCAUCAAGCAACUUAACCACAGAGUCACUGCCGUGCGACGUGUCGUCCUUGCCCGAGACUAUCACGUCGCAGACUGGCUGCGCAGAGGGUUCACGGAGCUGGCCACGCGGGGGGAGGGUUUGGACCAGGAAGAUGUUGAACAGUUGGGCUACACGGAUGCCGUGCGCCUCUAUCAGAUCAGGGAGGAUGCGAUCAAGACUGCGACGUCCCACAAGGUCCGCUAUGGCUAUGAAGACUCCAGAUUCCAGGAUGCCAAUGUCGAGGAUACGUUCGUAGAAGACUUCGAACUAGCGGAUAUGCUCAGUCGUUCUUACGCUAAGAUCCGACGACUUUCAGCGUCCACAUUCGUCAAGAUCACAGCCCACGGAUCAGUUUGCGUGCAGCCUCAUCUCUCGUACGGACGGCGCAUUGAAAAGGAAGCGGAUGCCUGUACCCGACUUUCGUCAACAAUUCCCUUCCGAUCAACUUCAUCAUACGCACGUCACUGUCAUACUGGACCAUCCGACGGCAAUAUCGAUUUCCUCGCCCCGUUCGUCGAGUGCCUUGCUGAUGUCAAAGACCGACAGGAGAGCGCUGUAGAGCAGGAAGAGCGUCGUUUCACCUAA